AACCAAACGAUCGUACGAGAUGUAGUAGUUUACUUGAAGAAGGAUGGUGGAUAGAUGACUCUUAUAAAAACUGGCAACCAUCAGGAUGCAUGAUGCAUUCUUACAAGGCAACAGACAUGUCAACUUGUCUUUCACAUUCACGUGUUGUCUAUGUAGGCGAUUCUUUAGUUCGACAACAGUUUUUCGCUGCCUUACAACUUGUAAGACCCAAUGUCGACACCUCAGGCGAAUCGCACGUGCAUCGUAAAUAUGUAUUUAAUGAGGAGAAACUGACGAUGGAAUUCUGGUGGGAUCCUUACUUGAACACUACAGAAAUUCUGAAGGGCACAUCACCUGCUUUAAAGCCUAGUUUAUUGGUGGUAGGUACUGGAGCAUGGCAGAUGCAUUAUUUGGGAAAGAAUUACUUUGAACACUUUCAGUCAAGUAUGGAUUCACUAUUCGAGACUGUCAGUACACACUCGAUAGCAGACGCCAUGCUAGUGAGUCCUGUAGAGAUACCUCAGUAUGACAAAUUAUCACCCGCUCGUCGUGCAUCCAUGACCAUAGAGAAAAUCAAAAAGAUGAACGACUACCUUCGACACAAACAGGGCGAGUAUGUGGAUCCAAAGACCCGUAUGGGGAUACCUUUUAUCUGGAAUGAAAUUGGAGCGCAUUUGAGCAACGUGACAGAUGAUGGACUUCAUUUUAAGCAGACUGUGACAAGUUUACAAGCACAGAUUGCCUUGAAUUAUCGGUGCAAUGAUGAAUUGGACAAAAAAUUUCCAAUGGGUACGACGUGUUGUUUUACAUAUCCUAGACCAAGAUGGUAUCAAAAUAUCUUGAUUUUAUUAUUCCUUAUUUGGGUGCCUACAGGAUUCUUUGUUUCUACAGCAACGACGUCAGGUUCAUUGACAAGAAAACUAUUUCCAGGCACGAAGUUAUUGAAUGCAUUGUUUAUAUUUGGAUUAUGUGUGAUGUACAUGUAUUUGGGGGACCGUACGCAGUUAUUUGGAAAGAUCCACAAAAAUUUCAACCCAACUAUUUUCACGGGAUUGAUGAUCGGCACGGCUGUACUGGGGAUGGCCAAACUUAGUCAUAAAAAAGAAGGUGAUGGAGGCUUUUUGAAUCGUCAUCAAACAGAUGAAUGGAAAGGCUGGAUGCAGGUUAUUAUCCUGGUUUACCAUUUCUGUGGCGCCUCUGGUACGUCGGGUAUCUAUAAUGCUGUCCGUAUUCUUGUGGCCGCAUACUUGUUUCAAACAGGUUAUGGCCACUUCUUCUUUUUUUAUAAGAAGGCAGAUUUCGGUAUGACACGUGUAUUGAAUGUGAUGGUCCGAUUGAAUUUCUUGACAUUUGUGCUUCAAUAUUUGAUGGAUACGGAUUAUCUCAGUUAUUAUUUUACUCCGCUGGUCUCUUUUUGGUUUUUGGCCAUCUGGAUCAUCAUGUAUGUAGGACAUACUUGGAACAAGCAUCCAGGCUUUAUGUUGUGCAAAUUACUUAUUGCCUGUGUGUUGACCACGCUCUUCAUCAAGGUACCUGGCAUCUUGGAAUUUUUAUUUAGCGUAUUACAAACAUGUUUCAACGUGCAAUGGAAUGCGGCAGAAUGGCGAUUUAGGUUAGCGUUGGAUGCAUACAUUGUCUAUAUCGGUAUGCUGUGUGCUUAUGCGUACAUCAAGAUUUCGGAACAUAAAUUGACAGAUCAUCCAAAAUGGUCUAGUGUCAAGCUUGCUGCCAUCUUUUGUUCCGCCAUCGCCACCGUUUGGUAUUUCUGGUUCGAACUGACCCGUAAAGACAAAUAUGUUUAUAACGAUUCACAUCCGUAUAUCUCGUUUAUCCCUAUUCUGGCCUUUAUUGUCCUGCGUAACUCUAGUCUUUAUUUAAGAAAUACGCACUCAGAAUUCUUUGCGUUCAUUGGCAAGAUCUCGUUAGAGACCUUUAUCGGUCAAUUUCACAUGUGGUUAGCGGGAGACACGAAAGGUUUAUUGGUGUUGUUUAUGCGAUCCAGUUGGGUGCAAGGCCUAGGAUGGUGGAUCAAUCUUUGUCUGUCUAGCUGCCUUUUCAUCUUUGUAUGUUAUUACAUGAGCCAAUCUACACAGGAGAUAUCGUCAUGGCUAUGUAAAACUAUGCUUCAUAAGUACACACUAACACCUGCAUCAUCAUCGGCAACAGGAGAAUACCAAGCCGUCCCUCUUUUGCCCACCACCACGAGCUUGGUGGAAGGAGUAGACAGACCUAAGAAUGAAGAAGGAGAAGAGGAGAUUUGGGAUGCCUCACUAACUGAAAAGAAGCCACAUAUGGUUACAAGGUUUUUUGAUGAUACCCGAGUUAAAUCUCUUUUAUUUCUUUUACUGGUAGGCCUCGUAAACAAUCUCUGUUAA